AUGGUUGAUAUACGACCAAAUUUAAAUAAUCUGUCAAUUAAAUCUUCUUCGAUAUUGCAUAAUUAUACCAUGCCAACAUUAUUGAAUCAAGAUGAUACGUCAACUACAUCGUCCAUAAAAUUUAAUCAAUUGAAAGGUUCAAUUCCUUCUCAUAAUCUAAAAUCAACAAUAGUUUCUUGUUCAAACACUCCAUAUGUAUUCUUAUAUGGAGGUUUUGAUGAAAAUGAUGCAUUAGAUGGAAAUGUUUAUUUGUUAAAUAUAGAGACGAUGGAAUGGGAAAUUGAUAGAAAGAAUGGAGUUGAAGGAUUGUAUAGAGAGGGUCAUCUGGCUGUAUAUGUCAAUAAUGGAAACGUAUUAAUUUUUGGUGGGCUACCGUUUGACGAUGAAGUAUUUGACAAUAACCAACACAAUCAUAAUAGUAAUUCCACUAGUUUCAACAAAGACAGUUUGAUGAUGAUAUAUAAUGUUUUCGACAAAAAAUGGAUUGGCCCACCUCCUUUUGCUUUGAAUAAUGCUCCCAAAUCAAGAUCACGUCAUGCAUGUUGUUUAAGUGAAGACAAUUCUAAAUUAUUUAUAAGUGGUGGAAUAGUGAAAACAAAUCCAGUAAGCGAUUUAUACUGCUAUGACUUAACAACUGGUUCAUGGUAUGGCCCUUUUCUGUUUGUUCCAAGAUUCGAUCACACAAUUGUUUACAACAAUGAUAGAAUUUAUUCAUUUGGUGGAUUAGAUAAAGAUAUGAAUCACGUAAAAACAAUUUCGUAUUUUUCAUUCAAGGAUAACUCAAUUGCUGAAAUUUCAAUAUCUAAUUUGAUCACAAAUAAUUUGAAUUAUUUGCAUUAUGAUUUAUUUGUUUUACAUUACAAGAAGGAACAAGGCUUGGUGUUAUUCGUUAACUUACCAACUUGGAAUUCAAACAGUGGUGUUGAUAUAAUGAGUAUGAACUUGAAAACUUUUGAGGUGGAAGUCUUGUAUAGUCAAUUGGACUUACAAAAUUUCAUAAAUGAUGAUACUAAUGGAGUAAUAAAUCUAAUGGACAAGAAUACGAUAAAGUACACUUGGAACUGUGCCUUUAUUAGUGAUGAUGGCGUAUUAUUCGUCUUGGGUAAUCGAAAACGCCAAUUUUCUCAGCUAUUUGGUAACGUGAUAACAAACAAUGGCAGUAUUGAAAGUGAGUCUGAUAGAUUUAUAAUUGAUCAAGAACCAUCCGAAGAAGACGAUGAGCUAAUGGAUCUGAGUAGCAAAUUGUCCAAUAUCAUUAGAAUUGAUUUGAAAGGUGUAGCUAAAAGAAACCCCACACAUAGUUUAUCACAAGAUUUAGAAACGUUAUUCAAUUCAAAAUUCGAAACAGAUUUUGAAAUCAUAACGUUAAAAGAUGAAGAAUCAAAGUUUAAAUUUGAUAACUCCGAGCUUAAUCAUGAGACAAAAAGUAUCAAGGUCCACAAAUCGGUUUUAAUUGCAAGAUGGCCACAUUUUAAACGAAUGAUUUUUAGUGGAAUGAAUGAAGAACGAGAAUCAAAGGUUAUGAUACCCGAGACAUAUUCAAAAACUGAAGCAUUAAUCUAUUAUUUGUAUACUGGAAAGUUGAGAAUUCAAGAUCAUCAAUUCAAAAUUUCAGACUUGUCAGGGUUGUUGGUGAUUGCAAAUUUAUAUCAACUACAAGAUUUCAAGUAUUUGCUAUUAUCAGAGUUAUAUCCACAAUUUGAUAAAUUUCAAAGAAAUUUCAAUAAUAACAAGGACAAUGAUAUCACAGAGCUAUUACAAUUAUGGAAAGACCUAACUUUAUCUAAUGAAAGUCUAUUCAAUACUAAAGUCUUGAACCUCAUUAAAUCUAAAUGGAAUCAAAUAAUUAAAUCAAAAACAUUCUUAAAUCUAGAUAAAGUUGAUAUCAUCAAAUUGUGUCAAGAUACGAAUGAUUUACUUGUUUCACCUUUGAUACCGGAGAGUCAAAUGUGUAUAAGACAAGGUUUUAAUUUGCAAAACAACAGCCAACCCAAUUCUGGCACUUCAAGUAAUCCAGAGACUCAAUUUACUCAAUCUUCAACCAUUUCUGAAUUAAAAUCACCAAGUCGAAACUCAUUGGCCUCCUUAGACUUGACUAAUAAUCCAGACACUCCAAUCCGAAAUACAAAUUCACCGUUUUUGAUUGACUCGCCGGCGAAUCCAUCAACUACAUAG